UCUUAUAUGUGCCUCUGAAGAGUGUGCGAGCGUCGUAGCACCUCGAGGUGGAUUUUAUGCAAGAAUCAGUAGCGAGGGAGGGCUCAGUGGAUUAUGCUUCUCUCAACCACUUUCGCCAGUCAGAUGCAGCAGCACGACUGCCACCAUAUAUUUUACAUUGAGGAUACUGGAAUUGCUAGCAAAGGAGGUACCUUUGAAAUUGCUUGGGAAAUGGAAGGAAUCUGAAUAUUUAGGUGGCCAGUUUAUUCUUGUUGGUGGUAUUGCUUACUACUUACAGCACCAUCGAGAAAAUUCUUCUUCGUUUAUAACAUCAUUUCAAGCAACCAUCAGGCAACAAUUUGCUAUGACAGAUCUUGGGAAUCUGAAGUAUUUCUUGGGGGUUCAAGUUGAUGGAACUUCAUCGGGCUUAUUUAUGUAUCAGUCCAAAUAUGCACAAGACAUCCUCUAUAGAGCACAAAUGCAGACCUGUAAUACUAUGAGCACGCCUAUGUCUGCCAAUCUUAAAUCUUCUGAUGGGCAAGAUCAAUUGUAUUCAAACCCUAGAGAAUGUCGUAGCCUUGCAGGGGCUCUUCAAUAUCUUACUCUCACAAGGCCUGAUCUCUCCUAUGCUGUAAAUUUCGCAUGUCAAUUCAUGCAUGCACUAGUGGUGAAGCAUUUUCAACUUUUAAAGCGGAUUCUCAGAUAUGUUAGAGGCACUUCUCAAUAUGGAAUUCAAUUUUGUAAAUCCAAAGAUUUGACUUUACGAGCCUUCUCUGACACCAAUUGGGCUGGCUGUCCAACUACACGACGCUCCACGUCCAGAAAUUGUACAUUCCAUAGUCCCAAUUGUAUAUCUUAGAGUUCUAAGACGCAACCAACUGUCGCUCGUUCAUCUUGUGAGGCUGAAUACCGAGCUCUUGUUGGAGCUGCUGCAAAAAAUAAAUGGAUUACAUUCAUUUUACAAGA